CAAUCAAUCGUUUAGACUAAAAAUGGGAGCCUACAAGUAUCUCGAGGAGUUGGCCAAGAAGAAGCAGUCUGAUGUUAUGCGCUUCUUGCUCCGCGUUCGCUGCUGGGAGUACCGUCAGUUGAAUGUCAUCCACCGCGCCUCGCGCCCCUCGCGCCCUGACAAGGCUCGUCGCUUGGGAUACAAGGCCAAGCAGGGAUAUGUCAUCUACCGUAUCCGUGUCCGCCGUGGUGGUCGCAAAAAGCCUGUUCCCAAGGGUGCUACCUAUGGCAAGCCUGGUGGACAUGGUGUGAAUCAGCUCAAGUACCAGCGUUCGCUCCAGGCCACUGCUGAGGAGCGUGUUGGCCGCAAAUGCGGUAACUUGCGUGUCCUCAACUCGUACUGGGUCAACCAGGAUUCGACCUACAAGUACUUCGAAGUCAUCUUGGUCGAUCCCUCCCACAAGGCCAUCCGUCGCGAUCCCCGUAUCAACUGGAUUGUCAACCCUGUCCACAAGCGCCGUGAGGCUCGUGGUCUUACCUCAGCCACCAAGAAGAACCGUGGUCACGGCAAGGGCCAUGGCUUCAACAAGACCAUUGGCUCUGGUCGCCGCGCCAACUGGAAGAGACGCAACACCCUCUCUCUCCGUCGCUACCGCUAAAGCGUCUUCUCCCUUUGCUAUUUCCAUUGGGAAGGCGUGCGCUCGUGGAUAUCUGGACUUGGGCAUGUACUUGGUCGCUUUUUGGCUUACCAUUUCGGCUGGGUGUUCAUAUCCUGAAAUAAAUUCAAAAUGUUACGACAAUAUUUAAUUUUAUAUAUAUAUAUGGUUUAAGUUGACAUUUUUAUUCGCCAAAUGCGCUUACAAGAGUAGAGCACAAUCUAAG